UAUUUGGGACAUUGUAGGCCUGUGAUGUGACGUGCACUUCUGAGAUCUCCUUACAAGCUCACAUGGAUGGAAUCAAACAUUUAAAGAAAGUGCGAGCUGGUGGUUCAGCAGUAGAUGGAAAAGGAAAGAGGAAGAAAGAAUUGAUGAUCCAGCUUGCUAUGGACAACUGCAGGGAGCCCCUGAUUGGUCUUGACUACCUGAUCGAGUUCCAGCCUGAAGACCCGGCAGAGGAACCUCGUUAUGUUUGCGAACUAUGCGAACAGAAGUUUGAUCCCCGCCAGGUCAUCGCUCAUGUCACCGGCUUGAGACACAGAAACAGGUUUAUGAAAGAGAACUAUCCCCUGUAUCACGAAAAGCUGUACGAGCUCGGCGAGCGGCGUGAGAAGAAAUCUGUGAGGACUGACCUUGCCCUGCAGUAUGCCAAGUGGAUAGAGGAAAGGGAAGGCAGGAAACCUAUACGCCUCAAGUUGGUGCUGGAGCCUUUAUUAAAAGAUUCAAACGCAACUUGGGUGGAAGAUGAUAAGUAUUCUUCUGAAAGAGCAUCAGGGUUGACCAGGAAGUAUGAAUCCUACACCACUUACUCCGAGAGGGACGAUGACUUGGAUGACAUUCAAAGAAAAGACGUCAAUGUCAAGGAAGAACAGGGAGACACCAGGGGUGGGCCGAGAGAUCCACGAGAUAGAGGGCGCGAUUAUCUUGGCCCAGAACGAGAGAGAGGCUAUCCAGAUAGAGACUAUUACGACAGAAGAAGAGACUACUAUGAAGGUCUAGAUAGACCAGGGUACCCCGAGCGCGGAGGAGUCUAUGCUGGACGUUACAGAGACUAUCCUGAUGCACGGGGUGCCCCCUAUGAUGACUCUUACUAUGACAGAUAUCCCAGAAGAUACCCUGCUGACUAUGACCGCUACUACCCUCCUGCACGCCUACUACCAGGAGAGGAUGACAGGCCAGGACUGAGCCGUCCAAUGGAAGUGAUAGACUACAGCCACCAGUCCACAUCCACAGAGGUCAGCAGAGAGGGGGACAGGUCGCCCAGGCACCAGGACGACCCCAACGAGAGGAAAUUUCAAGAAAUGAUGGGAGAGCUGCAGGAACGGGGACAGCUGGAUGAACAACAGGACAAAGAAUCCAAGGUUCCUGAUGCAGCAGCCAUUGCGGCGGCACUAGGGGUUGACACAGGCGGGAUUCCUCUGAAUGAGGAGACCAAAAGGUUGCUGGAGACACUGGGUCAGGUGAUGGUCAGCAAUGACAAUGAGGCUGAAGUGGCUCUACAGGUGUCCAACACUCUGACACAGGCUCUUGCAGACUACAAACUUAAACAUGGAAAGCUGGGUGAAGGGACUGGUGAUCAGAGACCAUCUGAGGGGUAUGGUAAACCAGCAACACAAAGAGAACAUACAGCAGAGGAACUGGACGAGGCCUUCUUCAUCGGCCAUCAGCCACAGUCCAGGAUAGCACCUGUUGUCUGGAAGAAAGACGGCCGCCAGAAUCAGUCCAAACUUGUGCCAACUUCAAACCCUCUUGUUGCCUAUGGUGGCAGUGAUGACGAGGGAGAGAUGGAGCCACAGCAAACACAGUCCAGUCAAAGUUCUGCCAGCGUCAUGGCGUCGUCUGUCUCGUCGUUGUACAGUCGCACUGCAAACCUCUUUGAUGCUUAUUCGUUUGGAAACUUGUUAAACACAGCCCCACAACCCCCUCCUGAACAAGACUCCCCUCCCCUGCCCCCACCUUUGCCCCCCUCCAGUGAAGCUGAGCCACCCCCACCCCCUCCCCCAGACACGGAACAAAGUGAACAGAGUUACGAUUCACAGAUGAAGUAUUUAGACUUACAACAACAACAGCAGCAACAACAGUAUUUCUACCAUCAACAAUAUGGCUAUCAGUUGCCACAACAACAGUUACCACAACAACAGUCGGCAGAGCAACAGUACCAACAAUCACAGUACAUGAUGCAGACGGGUUACCAGGGGAUGUAUUAUCCCCAACCGCCUUCCUAAUAAAAUCCAUUCCAACUUCUGUCACGUAACAUCUUCAAUAAAAUUAUUUUAUCAAUAUUGUUACAUUAAAAUAUGGUUACUGUCAGGGAUCAUGCAUUUUUUAUUUAGUUGAAUGAUUUUGCAAAAAUUGUCAAUAUGUCUUUUUAGCCAUUUAGCAAAUAAACUAGAUCUUUGCAUAUGUUGCUUAUAAGACUGUUGCAAAUUUCUAUUUGUUGGAAAUAGGAAUAUUUAUCGUUCUGUUGCUUAUAGUUUUAAAAUUUCUGCUUUAGUUAAGAAAAGGUAGAAACUUGCAGUAAGAAUAGUUUUACAAGGCAUUUAAUCAUGAUAAUGAGUAAAGUUCAACUUUUCAUUAACUCUCAACUCUUCAAGUUAAGUAGUUAUAGAAUUUCCCUUAGUUUUCUUUUAUUGUGAAAAAUACAUUCUGUAAGAGUGUAAAUAAAAUUGAGAGUCCAUGUUUCUUCACUGAACUUGA